UUCCGCCUCAUAACACGGUUACGACCCUGCACGUGAAAAGUCGAACCAGAAGAGGUUAAAAGUGGCACAAACCGCGGCUGAAUGUGGUGAUUGAUGAAGUUUUAGGGUAACUGGUGGGUUUUCUGGUCCGACUGUCGGAACAUGCGUCCAGCCGACAGACGAAAUGAGCUCCGAGGUGUGUCCAUUCUGUGGGAAAACGUACAAAAGGUUGAAGAGCCACCUGCCACACUGCAGAGCAGCAGCGAGCGCCAAAACGCCUCCAACCAAACAUGACAUCGCAGCAGGUCAGACGUCCUCCCAGCUGACUGCGGCUUCAUCCAAAGCAGCAGCAAAGGGAAAGAAGUCCACACGGCCGGAGACAACAGGUCUGCAAGCUGAGAAGGGCGGAGAUGUGUCUGCAUCAUCAACACCAGCCAAUACGUCCCUGAGUCCUCCUUCACUUCCACCAGCAGCGACGAAGAAGAAACAGAAGUUAACUGAUCAAAUCAAGGCCGCCGCCCUUUCCUCGUCAACAUCUCCGCCUCUGUUUUCUGUCGUCUCUAAGCCAAAGAAGCCGAGCCUCCGUGCCUUGAUCGAAGCUGCAAAGUCUGGCCAGGUUAAAGAGGAAACGCUGCCAUCGGGUUCAGCUCAGGGCCUUUCUCUGCUACCUGCAGACUCCAAACCCAAAGAUGCCCUUAAAAAGAAGACGUCAAAGCCUCAGAAGGUCGUGCAGUCCCCUUCCACCACCACACAUGCUUCUGACUUUCUGGGCGCGAAGGUGAACAAAACCAGCACAACGCCUCAUGCAAGAGGCUUCUGGGAGGACAGCGAAGAGGAGGUUCAGGGUUUAUCUGUGAAUGAGCCGUUCUUGAAACCGGGAAAGAUUACGCUCCAGGACGUUAAAUCCACGCUGGGUCGAGGUAACGGACUCCGUCAGUCCGGCAGGUCGAGCAUCCUGAACCAGAUCGAAGCAACUGAGAACCGGAAAGAUGCUGUUAGCUGCUCGGUACCUCUGUCAGAACAUGCAGACGUAAAACCAGUUAAGACAAAAGCUUCCCAGUCUAAACAAGCAGCUUUAAUCGCUCUGCAGGACCGACCAGAACCAACCGCUCCAACUCCCCUCCUCUCUGCUCCGGCCUCGCUUCCUCCACCUGCAGCCAGCCUGAGUGAGGGGCUGAAGGUGGGCUAUCGCAUGACGGGACUCCUCGCAGCUUCACCGCCGCUCAGCCAGUCUACCAGCCAUCUUCAUUUCCCUCGUGUGCAACAAACUCUGCCUGCGAGGGUGGACGGAGCAGAGAGGUUGCAGCUCGAGGUCGGGGAACGAAAAGCGGCUGAGCGUUCACCUGAAGGAGUUCUGGCCCAGCAGCGUCUUGGACAGGUGACGCUGAGGAAGCUGCCCGAGUGGAUGGCCUGCAGAACGCCGAGCCGCCCCAGAGAAGUGGUGGACAUGGUGCAGAGAGGUCAGCGUCUCACUCGCCUGACACAAGGCUGGCAGUGGUAUUACAGGAAGUACAUUGACGUGAAGAAAGGCGGCGUGGCCGGACUGGGCAUGCUGUUGGUGGGAUACUGUGUGAUGAGCUACAUCUGGAGCUACCCUCACAUCAAGUUGGAUCGCUGGAGAAAGUACCACUGAGGACCAGGGAGGGACGAGUCUGAGGGACGAUUCAGGAACUUGUGGGUCCUCUAAUGUUCGGUGGACACGGAUGAUGAAUUGAUCUUUUUGUUUGAACUGAUUUCUGGAUAUCGACGUGUAGCUGGGCCAGCAGCUAGUUAGCUUAGCUUCAAGUAGAGGCUGAACGUAGAGUUUCUAAUUAACUUUGCUGGAAGCAGAUGGAGUCAUGUCAUCACCAUCAUCAGCAACAAUAUAGAGCAAGUUAAUGAGUGAGUUUAAGUGGUGCUGGUGGGCAGAUUGUGUUACCAGGUUAGCUGUUUAUCCGUAGUCGCUAUGCAAAGCAACUGCAGCUUUAUGAGCUGAACAAAUCUGAAAGUGGUAUCGAUCCAACUCAGUGUCACGACAAAACAAAUCCCAAAAUGUGGAACGUUUAACCUUAAAGGGACCGAUAAUAAAUCCUCAGCUGUCCAGGGAACCUAAGAUAUAAAUGCAGCAGGUAUCAUUUUAUUAUCUAGCUUUUCUUCUUUUUCUUUUUUGUUGUCAUGACUGUAUCGGACAUGAUACUGUGCAGGUAUAGAGUGGGGUCAUAAACCAGAAAUCACAAGUCAGGAACAAGACACACAUGUGCAGGGAGUUAAUCAGGUUGUUGAUCCCACUCAAUGAAGCUACCAAACAUCUUCAAGGGACCAAGCUGUCGCCCAUCCAGAGCAGUGGUGUGAAAUGGUUUCUUACAUAAUAACUGGUAUAGUCAUGGACGUUGAAGGGCCCGUCAGCAGCCUCGUCGUCGUGUCAUUAGCGUUAAGCUGCAUUUCUAGGCGUUAUUUUUCUACAGGAGUGUCUGUGUGCUGGUCACGUUCUCCGAUCGUCGUCCUUUAAAGCCACACCUGACUGAGGUGUGGAUUAACUCAGCGUUGGACAAUUUGUCACCAGAUUAUCAGCUCAAAACAUCUUUGCCUAAAAUUUAACCCUUUUCUAACCACAAGGAUAGAAAUUAGAUUUUCUAGAUUUCUCUAAGUCAGACCAUUUACAUGCUGCGUUUGUCUUUUUGUUAAACAGAAAGCCUGCGUGUGCGGCUGUUACUGUAGAAAUGACCACGUUUAUCCUAUUUAUCAUAUCAACGAGUGUGUUUUAUUUAUGUUUGAAGAGAUAGCAUGACUUUUUAUUAGGUUUUUUUGUGAGUUAAUCAGAUGUAGUCGUCGUGUCUAAAAGCCCCACUGUGCGUCCCACGGGCUCCACUAGGUGUCACUGUUGGGUCGUGUUGCUAAAACCCAACGGGCCGGGCUGCCUCAUGUCAGCUAUGCACAGUUUUCUUUGCUCUUUUGUGCAGAGGCACUGGUGCCGGCGUCCACGAGAGGAUUAAAGGGAACCAGCAGAUUUUUAACUUGAUAAAACGUUACUCUGGCAGCCGCCGUGCAGAGGAACAUAAAAUCUAAAUGUCCCGACAUCGGUAUCUGUGUGAAAAGAUUGUAUCUGUGUAGCAGAGGGUUACAAAUCUGUUUUUCUUUUGCAAAUGCUUCCUCAGUCACAUGAUGUGAUUAUGCAUGCUUAGUCCAUCAGCGCCAGCAUGUGAACGCUCACAGAAUAGUAAUGGAGGGACACUGAAGGAGGUUCUCAGCCGGACCGGACCAGUUUGUUGUCGUAUUCAAAAUGAAUUUAUUGUUGACUGUCCUUGCUGUAGUGAACACACAUUAAAUGAAGAAAUGACAGCAUUUGUUUGUUGUUGUUGUUGUUGUAAUGAUUUCUCCUGACAUCGCUUCGUAGCCAACACAAUAAAAAAUAAUUUCCAUUUUCUUA